CGACACUGGUUUCUUAAGAGCCCGCUACGCGUAUUAAAUAACUUACGCAUUUUCCGUUCAGCUCUUAGCGAUUUUUUCGAAAACGGCGUUAGUUAGCAACAUCGUGAAAGUUACGUUGGAUUCUAUAACCUUUCUUCUACGCCUCUCUUGUAACAGAUUUUUGAUAUUUUUUAAAUGUUAAUAAUUACGGCACCUGAAAAUACUGAAAAUAUCAUGCAUUUCUACAAUUAUUUAUGCAAAAUUCGAGUAUUAUAUAAAAAAUCUGUUACAAGAGAGGCAUAGAUGGGUCCUUUAUCUUUACAUCGGUACCUAACAUCAAAGGAUAGAAUCCAAUUUACUCAAAAUUUUAUACUAAGUCCCACACCUCUACAACGCUACUCGACUCGUAUAACAUCUGGCGAAGCUACAUAUUCUUUAUUAAAGAGGCGCGACUUAAUGUUUAGUGUGAGUAUUCAGGACCGGAGUCAGUUGUGCUGUAGCCUUUACUGUAUGGUGCUUUUAAAAAUAUAAUUUUUAUCACCUUUUGUGAAUUGUGAGCGUCGGAAUAUAUACAGAGCAUUAGAUAUAUGAAUUAUGAUAUAUACUGAGCGAAUUUUUACGCGGAAAAACAGGAGUGUUAUUGUGUCAACAGUUUGUUUCUUAUCGGGUGGAUAACUUUUAGUGGAAUUACACAUGGAAGCUAACUACAGAAGAGGAGCGAAGACAAGGUUGCGGUUAUCUAUUCGCAGGAAGAAAUCCAAUAAUAUCUAUAAAUACAAUGCGGCUCGUGCUGUUGGGCUUCCUUGUUCGACCAAAAAUAUUUUGCCAACAUCUAGAACUACGGAAAAGGAAAGUAUUCUGCCAAAUGUAGAAAUCAUUGCCAAUAUUACCGAAUCUUCACCUGAAUCCCCAGAGAUAGAAAAAAGGAAAACGGUAGAGAACAAUGAUGACCGUCUUGACGUAUGCCAAGUGACGAAUGGUGCUCACAUUGAACACUUGUAGGCUAUUAUGUAAAACUGUUUGAGUUUCUCUUUCAUUUGAACAUUUGACAAUUGUGGCUGUAAGUUUGAUGUAUUAAAUAUUAUAACAUGUUAAAACCCCUCUAUUCAUUUUGAAACACGCUGUAUAUAAAAAUAUUCCAUUUUUUUUCCUUACUGCUGUGAAUGAGUCGUGUACCUUAUGACUAUAAGAAUUAAACCAUUGUACAUAAUAAAUAAAUAUUUUUAACAUAAGGUAUUUUUGUGUUGCUUAAAGCUAAUUUGAAAAUUCCCGAAAGAUUCCCUUAUUUAUGCGUACAAAGGA